AUGAGCGCUCAUAACGGUGGUGCCUGCGUCGCCAUGGUAGGCAAGGACUGCGUUGCAAUUGCCUGCGAUCUCCGACUCGGCAUGCAGGCCCUGACCGUCUCCAAUAACUUCCCCAAGAUCUUCAACUACAGCCCAUCGACCUUCCUUGGCCUGACCGGCCUGGCGACCGACGUCUCGACCGUCUCAGAUCUCUUCCGCUACAAGGUUAACAUGUACCGCUUGCGUGAGGAACGGAACAUUGCACCCCAGACCUUGGCCAACCUGGUCAGUUCAUCACUGUACGAGAGGAGAUUUGGACCUUUCUUCGUCAGUCCCGUCGUUGCGGGUAUAAACAGCACAACUGGCAAGCCAUUUAUCUGUGGCUUUGAUAGUAUUGGAUGUAUCGACUUUGCAAAGGAUUUCAUUGUCAGCGGGACAGCUAGUGACCAGCUGUUUGGUACCUGUGAGAGCUUAUGGGAGCCGGAUCUGGCCCCCGAGGACUUGUUCGAAACCAUCUCCCAGGCUCUCCUCAGUGCUGUUGACAGAGACGCACUCUCCGGUUGGGGUGCACAGGUGUACAUCAUAGAGAAAGAUAAGGUGACUAAGCGGCUACUCAAGGGAAGACAAGAUUAG